ACGAAAGCCGCAGGCGCAAGGUGCGUUCGAAAAGUACGUAGCGAUGGCGGAACGGCGCUGUGUUGUGACGUCGGUGCAGGGACCCCACCCACUCCGUUCGGAUAAUGCCAAUAUCUUUUGUGAGUGUGAGUGGCGGUGCGGGCGGGCGUGACUCAGGAGGGGGUGACUGAGAGUUGCUUUCACGUGCCCUUACUGAGAACGAUUACAUAUGUCUUUCGGCACAAACCGAACGCAUCACGUUCGCUGGUUCUGCUUCUGUGUCGUGUAUCGAUCUCUGCUGCUCUGCUUGCUCUUUCUUCAACGUGUUUCGGUGGUUUGUGUUCUUUUUCUAAGAUAGGAGGCUGUAGAGUAGAUGCACGCAUAUGUAAAAUUUACGGACGGUUGGCAGCUGAUAUUGCCAACGUCUUUGAUCAGAAGCUUCUCGCCCCGAAAUGACGAAGACUUCGACGCCACCCGGAUAUACGAGGCCUACUGGGUGUCGGACUGCGGCGAUGAAGAGGAUUAUUACGAUGCUCACGUGCUCCUUCUGGGCGAGUCUGUGGAUGACCUCCUGAAGAAAAUGCAGACAAAACGGUACCCCAUUCCAAGGAUUGUCGGUGGAACAGCAAAGCUCGUAGGACCAGUAGGAAAGAAAGUCCAAGACCUCGGUCACAAGGAGAAGAGAAAACAAAAGGAAAUCGGAAAGAAAACAAGGCUGCAUGACAUUGCCGCUGAUUUCAGGAAAAAGCAGAAGAUCAAGCAGACGGAGACACCCAGCCGCUACCAGAGUGACAUGGUACCCAUCACUGUCCUCAGGGAAAAAGAGGAAGUUAUAAAAGAACUAAAAAAAGAACUGGCCAAAGAAAGGAGCCACAGUCGGCAGCUGGCUCAGGCCCUGGCCACAAAAAUUGUAGUUGCCGCAGGAGAGAGUAGAGACACAGCCACUACCUCCGAUGAGGGGCUUCCCUUUUAUGAGUCACCAUUCCUUGAGUGGGAGAAUGCACCCUAUCCAAUGAAUGAUGUUCACUGCGGCCCAGUUUCAGUGCCUUCAACUUCUGGCACAGGAUGCCCAUCUACACAGCGUGCGUUGCCUGCUAAAGUACUAGUGGAUCAAGCUCUGGUACCGCCAGUUGACCAAGUACUGGCAAACCAAGUGCCAACAUGUCCUGCUGAGAGAGUGCAGACUGUGCCGACUCCUCCCGCAGCUCUCUUGCCAGUGGCUGACGUCCCGCCAGUCGGUCAACAACAAGGACUUCAGCUGCCAGUGCCUGUUUUGGACAGGGAAGAUCCCACACCACCGGCUUUUUCUGAGGAAGAUGGCAUGGUACACCUCGGUGGCAAGAUAAAGCUUUCGAAGCUAAAGAUUGAUGAUUUAGUAGACAGACUCCCUCCCAAACGAUAUGUGAAAGAUUUGUGCAGGUGUAUUUAUACUCACGAAGAGAUGUGCGCGAGAAGUGUGACCGGUGCCCCCUGCCGGAGUCAUUUGAAGGAUGGGGCAAAGGGGAAGCUGCCGGUAACCCCAAUGAAACUGCUGGCCCUUGCAAAUGGUCUCAUGUACUACGAGGGAGCCAAACCCACCGAAGCUCGGCACACGGGCCCCGAACUUCAGAAGAUUGUGCGGGAGGUUUUAAAGGAGUUCCUGCCCGACAACGCAAGACAAGGCACAAGAAGGAGGGAACCACCGGCACCCAAAGAAUAAAUGUGCAUGCUUGGGUGAAACAGCACACAAGAUUUACACCCAAGCCUCCAUCCUCUCAAUAAAUGUUCCUCGAGGCAUUUAGGCAUAA